UUUUUUAAUUCUGCGGUUCCAGAGAGCUCCGCUGCCAAGCUCCUGAAUCUUCCCCCUUUCUGGCUCGACCGCGCCAUGGCCACCGCCCGGAUCCUCCGAGCUAUCUCCGCUGCCCGCUCCUCUUCAUCGUCGUCGUCGUCGGCUUGCCAAAUUGGAAAAUCAACGAGGGGUAAUCCCACGAUCAUGGCUGGGCAAUUCGUGUCGGGGCCGAGGUGCGCGUCGUCGUUUUCGGAUUCGUCGUCGUCGUCGUCUUCUGAUUCGUCGGAGCCUCGGAAGAAGCUGACGGACCGCCUAUCGACGGUGAUAGACGCCGUCAAUGACCGUAAGCUCCCUCCGGAGCUCCGUGGCCAGCGCAAUAACGUGAGGUCAGAGACGGAUAUAAUCAAUGUUGUUGAGCAAAGAAUCUGGCACUCAAUGGAGGAAGGCCAAUUCGAAAACUUGCCAGGGAAAGGGAAGCCUCUGAACCUCGAAACCAACCCGCACGCCGACCCUGCCGAGGACACAUUGUACAGAAUCCUCUCCAAGAACGGUUGCGCUCCAGAAUGGGUCGAGCUGAACAAGGAGAUCAGGAGCCAAAUAUCCGAAUGGCGGUCCGGGUUGAAGAAAGCAUGGGCAAGCAAGUGCAGUGGCAAUGAUCCUUCCUCCAAAUGGGUUGAGGUCUCUGCAGCCCUGAAAGCUCAGUUGAGAGGCAUCAAUGACAAGGUUUUCCGGUACAACCUCAUCGUCCCUUUCGGUAGGCAGAUGUUUGGGCUCAAGUGGGAGAAGGAACUAGAUCGCUUGAAUGAACAACAUUAAAGCUCUUCCAUGCUCGUAUCUUGUCUCUUUCGUUUCCUGUUCGUAGCAGAAUGAUUCCCGUCUUCUCUCAUCUUCUGUAACUAAGAGCAGAUGGUGAAUGUGCCUAAAUAGUGGCAGUGGAGAGAAGAUUUUCCGAUGAAUGUACCUCUAGUUUGUAAUGGUAGGAGUAGCAAGUGUAGCACUUUCACAUCCAUUGAACUCAGAAUUUUGGGAAUCUUUGAACGGGUUAUUUACAUAGAUUGUAACAGAAUGGAUUAUAAUGGCAAGUACCGGAAAAUUCAACGUAAAAACGUGAUUGAAGAAAAUACAUUACCUACAAUGGAAGUAAACAUGUUACGAAGUUUGGAGCACCUAUAGUGA